ACAAACAGCAGACCAAGAAAAUGUUUAAAUUGACCCAGCUGAAAAAAGCUGCUUUGAUCGUCACACGGACCAUAAUUUUUCUUAUCGAUCCAAUGGUUAGUUAGUCUUGUCUUUACCUUCGCUCAGCAUCAUGAUGUUCUUGAGUCUUAAAAGUAGGCUGUCGCCCUAUCUGAUCAAUAAACGACAUCUCGUAUUAGUGCUCGUGGUUGCUGUUGUGUUCCUUUACAGCUCAAUAUUCUUGAUCUUAAAUGAGAGAAAAGUUCUUUCUUUCAAAAAAUUUGACUCAAAGCCUCAGCAUGCGGAGGAACCGGCGCCUACAAUUAUAGAGGAUAUUCUAUUGUCCAGCUCAAAACCUCCGCCUGGACGAACAAUAUUUUUUAUUGAGAGUAGUUGCUACCGUUCGGGAUCCCAGUACGAUAUGCGUAGUAUUAAGGCGCAUCAGGCUUGUCCCAUUGAAUCUGCCGCCUUCCAUAAUCCAAAUUUCCAAGUAUUUGUUUUGUUUGCCUGCCCCACCCACCGUAACGAAUCACUUCCCAUCAUUGAUGCACUUCAAAGCUACAAGAAUGUGCAAUUUCGGUCGCUAAAUUUGGAUCGAUAUGCACAGGAUACGCCCAUCGCGGAUUGGCUCAAGAAAGGCGAUCUAUUUAAGUCAAGAUAUCUGAUGUUUCACCUAUCCGACCUACUCCGAUUAAUUACACUAUAUCGCUUUGGCGGCGUCUACCUGGACAUGGACGUCCUGCAGCUCCACAGCUUGGAGGAUGAGCCACUAAACUUUGCAGGUGCUGAGAGAGCAGAUAGCAUCGGCAAUAGUGUAAUAGGAUUGGAACCCAACGGAUUUGGCCAUCAGCUUGGCGAAUUAUUUCUGCAGGACUUCCAGGUUAAUUAUCAGGGCGACGCGUGGGCCCAUAAUGGACCCAUGGGCUUAGUGCGCGUAUUGUCAGAGAUUUGUGGUACAAAAAAUGUUACCCUCAUGAUGAAUAAUCGCGAUCGCUGUCAGGGCUUUAAAGUGUUCGAUGUUAACUCAUUUUACGAGGUGCCAUAUCAGCAGUGGCCACUGUUUUUCGAUGCAGAGAAGGCGAGCAAAACGCUGGCACGCACUAAGGACUCCAGAAUGGUGCAUAUAUGGAAUCACAUAGUCACGAAAUGGCCCCUUAAGAUUGACUCAAAAUCCGCCUAUAUGCAGUGGGCUGCGCAAUAUUGUCCAAGGGUCGUUGCGGCCACAGGAGAAUUAUUCUAUUAAGCGGAUAAAUAUAUAAAUAUAUAAUAUAAAAUAAAUAUUUUUCGUUAUCGUAAA